AAAGAGCGUAGUAGGGGAGGGAGUUGAAAGUUGCCGUUGAUCGGCGCCUCGCGGAUUUGUUUUGGUGGUCGCGUGCGCUUUGUGUUGCGAUUACAUGUUCCCGUCCAAAGCGGCUCUAUUUGAAUAUUCCUUGCCUGAAGUAAAGCCCCUGGCGGUAUUGCCGACAGCCAUUGCGCGGACCGCCGAAAGUGCUUCGACUUCCUUACAGUGCCGAAGAACGUCACGUCAAGCGAAGCGCCGCGCUACGAAGACAAGUGUCCACUACCACGACCUCCACUACGAUGCAAACCACUUGGAAGUGUUAAACCCGCUGUCAUUUGUUGUCACGUUCGUGGUAAAGUGACAGCCUUUUGAAUGUGGCUGCUUGCGCCGUUGAAUACUGAGUAGCCACUGCCACGAAUGCCCAGAAGACCAGCUCUGGGCUGUCCGGCUGGCGGAGGGCGCCGCUGCGGUUCAAGGCCUGGCCUGCGUCUGACGGAAAGGGGAGCUUCACGGGACUAGCCUUCUGGCGUCUCCGUUCCCCUUUCGAACCAAGCAGAGACUGUUCAAUGAAAAUGCCUAUCUCUCUCUCACUCUGCCACAAGUCAAGUCACAGGCAAGGACAUCAUUUCAGCCAAUCUAGAAGAUGGUGUCAGUCCCUGGAAGUGCAUUCAGUGUUACUUGCUGUGUCACAGCAAGGCUGUGCUAGUGGAGCACGAGCAACUGCAGCAUCCAGUGCUUGGCCUUUCGCAGGAUGUGUGUCGUUUCUGCCCAGCUGCGUUUCACCACAGUGACCGCCUACUCUGCCGCCUCCAGAAGCACAACGGUCGUAGAACCUUCAACUGCUUCUUGUGUGCUGGGUACUCUGUGAGUGAGCAGAACCUUGUGUGCCAUGUCACGACUGUGCACAAUGACGAUGCUGACAGAUUACAAUGCCAUCUCUGCCUUCGGAGGUUCUCCCGCAAGGACGCCCUGGAGGUGCACAUCCGCAUGCACCGGAGUGACCCUGCCGGAGCAAACUUGUGAUGCUGCAAACAGGGUUUAUGUGAAGUGUGUGAUCAGUGGUGCUGGCAUUGUUGCCAGUGGUAUUUGUGUUGGGGUGCUGCACCGUGGUGAAAGUGGCGUGCGGCGGUGUAGUGUGUUCCGGGGCUAGGUUUGUUUGUUUGUUUGAGCACGUCCUCGUUGGAGGACCCCGUUCUUGCUUGUCCCUGCCCCGGCACAUCCGACAAGGGCUGCGGGCACUGACACUGCGGAUGACGCCUGCCCGAGCCCACUGCUACAGCGGCAUGCCCUGCACGGAUACUGGUGUAUCGCCUUCUCUAAUUGUUGUCAAAAAAAAGAUCGAGGACGACAGCUAUUUGGAAGAUGGCACCUUUGUGUCGUGCGACGACGGCAGCUUCGUGAGCCACCAGGAUGCCCACCCAAUCUUUUACGGGCCGUGGUUUGUGUGCAAGACCUGCCGGGCUAGCUUCAAGGAGGAAAAGCACUACCUGUCGCACAGGUUGAUGCAGCACCCCGCCAUCGAGUGCUCCCUGUGCAAGAGGAAGUUUGUGCGACAGCAGGACCUCACGCGCCACAUCAUCACGAAGCAUGGCCCUGCCAGUCACGUCUCUUGCCAGCUGUGCCCGAGCACGUUCUCGUGCAAGGACUACCUGCUCGAGCACGUCCGGAGAUGCCAUCGCAGCGCAGCCAGGCAGUGAAGUGGUGUGCUGCGUUUACAAGGGAUGUGUUAGCGCUACUAGUUGUGCAGAAAGUGCAACUGCAAAGGCAUGUUCAUAAGUAUGGACACACAUUUUGAACCUGGAAGUCGGUCAGCGUUGAGCACUUGUUUUAUGGGAUUACUUUGUUACUAGACUUUCAUCCCUAGGCUUCAUGAUGCCAGUUGGCUUCAUAUACUCCACUUUAUUGGCCAUAGCAUGAACCUAUGCUCUGCAUAUUGUUUGUUGCUCACUAAUAGCAAACACAUGCUUAGCAAGGCCUUGCUGUGCUUUGUGAGACUAGUGCUGAAACGUGGUUGACAUUACCUGCAUGCUAAAAAAAAAAAAAAAGUGCUCGGCAACUGGAUGUACUUAGGUACCAUUGGUUUUGCAGGAAUGGUUGCUGUAAACAUUUUCGAGCUUCAAAUGCAUGGUCACCUUUGCCGCUGCAGAAACUGAUGUCAUUCUUCAUACUGAGCAGGACGAACCCACCUUGUAGUUUUCAGUUCUCUGUCAGCAAAAUUAGGCUAAAAGCAAUGUGCAGAGGAGUAAAUGUGUUGCCAGUAGUGCACUUCUCACAUUUUCCAACAAAAUAUUUUAAUGAAAAAAUUGUCGAGAAACACAAGCAAAAAUGAUGGCUGUGCAGUAUGGGGAAGCAAGUUGGUGUGCAUGCAUGCUUUGGUGUGUAUCUUGGCUGACCUGCAAGUUCAUCGUAGGGGCAUGGUACAGUUCGUCUCGGGGCUUCAUACAGUUCUUCCUUGGCUUGGCACAAGCCCACAUUUAAGUGCCUCGAUAUGACACACGGGCCAACUGCUUUCAAGGCAUCACUUUAUGCUGAGAGAGGUAUGAGGAGAGGCACGAUUCUCCGAAUGUUUGCUCUGGCUAAUACUGUGAAUCUUUCUGUGUUGGGUGUAAUGCUGCGCUGUUUCUGUCACCAGCUUGCACUUUUGGCAAAACUGUGAAUCAGGCAGGAAGGGAUGCAUACAACACCAGAUGUGAAAGGGAUGUAUAGAUAUCGCUAGCGCACACUGAUCUCUUUCUUUCUAAAAUUCUCUGUGUUGCUUCAUUCUCAAGUUAGCGCUACCGUGCUAGUCACACUAUGCUGUAUUCAUUGCAAUUCCAAUACGCCAAGCAAACAAGCGUAACUUCAAAAAUCUAGUCAGAUGUAAUGGAGCAGUACUUGAAGCAAAAUUGUGUCCAUUGUACCUAUUAUACACAUUAAAAGUACUGAGAGAAAUCAUCACUAAGAAAUUCGUAAUCAGGUUCAAGCAAAAGGAUCCUACCCGUGCAUGUCUGAGCGAUGCUGACUUUACCAAAAUGCGCUAUCUCUCAACUGGAGUCUCACUGCAAACAUGUACCUUUGUCCUCACAGUCCGAUUUACUUUUAGGUGAGAUCUAUGAAAAGUCGUGUUUUUGAUGGCUGGUGUGAGGAGUCCAGGAAAGGGGGGGGGGUCUCAGAUUAUGAAAAGUCUAGUUUUUGAUGGCUACUGGCUGCUCCAGCAACAGUUCUAUCUUGUCAACAUUGUACUUGCCGUGCUGUCCACGUUUUUAGAGCAACAGUCAAAGGCUCUUCAGGUCACUUCUUGCAGUGCUUCAUGUUUGCACUUGACGCUACACUGAAUGUUGUUGCAAUGUUGUGUCACUCUUUGAAGCUCUCGAGUCAGCCAAAAGUUGCUCUAAUGUUA